CGUGGGAACGUUUGUGGGUUGCUGCGGGUUGCUGGAGUAAAAAUUGUUUGACAGGGAGGUGAGGCGACCUGUGCACAGGGACCUGAAAAGAGAAGUUUCUGUAGCGUGUCAUUGUCAGUUUCCGAGCCAACGGGGAGGCAGACUUGAUAGCGACAAAUGAUUUUGACGAGUCUAAGCAACAGGGCACAGAGGGAAAUGUCAGGGACUAUAACAGCCUUGAGCAAAGGGAAGCGCGACUAGUAACACCGCAACGCGGAAAAUAUUCAGGGGGGUGAGAAUGCGAAUGGUGCGAAGAUACCGAAAUCAAACAAAAUGGAAACGAUGUAGCGUCGCUGCCGCAUUUCAUAUAGCUAGAACUAACGUUAGAGUAGAGAAUAGAUAGCUAAGGAGCUAGCAGUUUAACUAACAUACAUGUAAAGUUCUUCGUCGGAGAAGCUGAAGCUGAGCCCGGAGGCGUCUGUGGAAUCAGAAGAGUUCAUCCGCGUUGUGAAAUCAAAGAAGAUAAAAAAGACGAUGCUACGGAGGAGACUGAACCGUUUGCUUGGCGGUGAUGAGAGAAGAGUAGACAGUAGGACUAUCUAUGUUGGUCAUCGGUCAUGUUCUGCCAAUGAGGUUUUCAUCCCACCCAAGUUCUGUGAUAACAGGAUUGUGUCCUCCAAGUAUACAGUUUGGAACUUUCUACCAAAGAACCUGUUUGAACAGUUUAGAAGAAUUGCCAAUUUCUACUUCCUUAUCAUCUUCCUGGUACAGGUGAUAGUGGACACCCCCACCAGCCCAGUCACCAGUGGCCUACCCUUAUUUUUUGUGAUCACAGUAACCGCUAUCAAGCAGGGCUAUGAGGACUGGCUACGGCACAAGGCUGACAAUGAGGUGAAUAAGUACCAGGUGACCGUGCUAGAAGGCGACCGGAGGAUACAGAAGGAGAGUGAGAAGAUCAAGGUUGGAGAUGUUGUGGAAGUGAAGGAAGACGAGACCUUUCCCUGUGAUCUAAUUCUGCUGAAGUCCAGCCGGGAUGACGACACAUGUUUUGUUACCACAGCAAGUCUGGAUGGAGAGUCAAACCAUAAAACACACUACACAGUGCCAGACACAGAGAAUGAUCUGGAAUCUCUCAACGCCACCAUUGAGUGUGAACAGCCACAGCCUGACCUUUACAAGUUUGUUGGCCGUAUGCACAUCUACAGAAACGAUCAGGAGCCUGCAGUGAGGUCUUUGGGCCCAGAAAACCUUCUGCUGAAAGGGGCAACUUUAAAGAACACCCAGAAAAUCUGUGGUGUUGCAGUUUACACUGGCAUGGAAACAAAGAUGGCUCUUAACUAUCAGGGCAAGUCUCAGAAACGCUCUGCUGUGGAAAAGUCUAUCAAUGCCUUCCUUCUGGUUUACCUUUCCAUCCUGGUGAGCAAAGCUCUAGUGUGCACCACACUUAAGUAUGUGUGGCAGAGCAAGCCUGGACAGGAUGAGCCGUGGUACAACGAGAAAACCCAAAGAGAGAAGGACACCAAUUUGUACCUAAAGAUGUUCACAGACUUCCUGUCCUUUAUGGUGCUCUUCAACUUCAUCAUCCCGGUGUCCAUGUAUGUGACGGUUGAGAUGCAAAAGUUUUUGGGAUCCUUUUUCAUCACAUGGGACAAGGACUUCUUCGACCCUGAAAUCAAGGAGGGGGCACUGGUCAACACGUCAGACCUCAAUGAAGAGCUGGGACAGGUGGAGUAUGUUUUCACAGACAAGACGGGCACCCUCACUCAGAAUAACAUGGAGUUCAUAGAGUGCUGCAUUGAUGGCUUCCAGUACAAGUACCGGGAUGCGAGCUCAGAGUUGGACGGAUUCUGUGUCACAGAUGGACCUGUGAGCAAACUACAGCAGAAAGCUGGCAGGGAGAAGGAGGAGCUUUUUCUGCGUGCCCUGUGUCUGUGCCAUACAGUGCAGGUGAAAGAGCCCACUGGGCAGGGUCAGGACCAAGGUGACGGGCUGACAGACCAGUUGGAUGGCGUAGGGAUGGAUGGAGAGGUGCUCCAUUCACCGCUGGAGCAGAGAGGCUUUAUAGCCUCAUCACCUGAUGAGGUUGCUCUGGUCAAGGGUGCCAUGAGGUAUGGCUUUACAUUUCUGGGUCUCGAAAGUAAAACGAUGAAAAUUCUCAACUGGAACAAUGACAUUGAAAUGUAUGAACUGCUUCACGUGUUGAACUUUGACCCAGUGAGAAGGCGAAUGAGUGUAAUAGUCAGAUCCAAAUCAGGUGAUACCCUGCUCUUCUGUAAGGGAGCAGACUCCUCCAUCUUUCCCCGCGUCAGACAGGAGGAGGUUGAGAGGAUACGUGUGCAUGUGGAGCGUAAUGCAACAGAGGGCUACCGGACGUUGUGUGUGGCCUACAAAUCUCUCAGUGAGGAGGAGUACACCCAGGCAGACGCAGGAUUGAGGGAAGCUAGACUGGCUCUGCAGGACAGGGAGGAGAAGCUCAUGGCUGUUUACAACCAAGUGGAGACUGGCAUGAGUCUAAUAGGAGCUACAGCUGUAGAAGACAGGCUUCAAGAUGAGGCAGCAGAGACCAUGGAGGCUCUACAGGGGGCAGGCAUUAAGGUUUGGGUCCUAACAGGGGACAAGAUGGAGACUGCAAAGUCCACCUGUUAUGCUUGUAGAUUGUUCCAGAGAAAUACAGAGCUUUUGGAGCUGACUGUGCGUACUCUGGAGGAUGGAGGGAGGAGGCGUGAGGAGCGACUGCAUGAGCUCUUGGUUGAAUACCACAAGAAAGCUGUACAGGAUGCACCACCAGUUAAAGCAGGCGUCACCAGGAGCUGGUCUUCGACAAGCCAGGACUAUGGUUUCAUUAUAGAUGGCGCCACUCUAUCGAUGGUGCUCAACCCUUCCUCUGAAUCCAACUCAAGUCGCUACAAGAACCUCUUCCUGCAGAUUUGUCAAAACUGCACAUCUGUGCUUUGCUGCCGCAUGGCACCUCUACAAAAGGCACAGAUAGUUAAAAUGGUGAAGAACUCUAAAGGCAGCCCAAUCACCCUUUCCAUUGGAGAUGGUGCCAAUGAUGUCAGCAUGAUUUUGGAAGCUCAUGUUGGCAUUGGUAUUAAGGGUAAAGAAGGUAGGCAGGCAGUGAGGAACAGUGAUUAUGCCAUCCCCAAACUCAAGCACCUCAAGAAACUUUUGUUGGCACAUGGCCAUCUCUACUACGUUCGCAUUGCACACCUGGUGCAAUAUUUCUUUUACAAGAACCUUUGCUUCAUCUUACCUCAGUUUUUGUACCAGUUCUUCUGUGGCUAUUCCCAGCAACCCCUGUAUGAUGCGGCCUAUCUGACGAUGUACAACAUCUGCUUCACCUCCAUGCCCAUCCUGGCUUACAGCCUCUUGGAGCAGCACAUCUGCAUUGAGGUUCUGCUGGACAAUGCUACUCUCUACAGAGAGAUCGCUAAGAAUGCCAUGUUACGGUGGGGACCAUUCCUCUACUGGACGUUACUUGGACUCUUCCAUGGCUUGCUUUUCUUCUUUGGUGUUCGAUAUUUGUUCAGUAACCCAGCCCUGCAGGAUAAUGGCCAGGUUUUUGGGAACUGGUCUUAUGGAACAAUUGUCUUCACUGUCCUCGUCUUCACUGUCACACUGAAGCUUGCUCUAGACACACGGCACUGGACAUGGAUCAACCACUUUGUAAUCUGGGGCUCCCUGGCUUUCUACGUGUUUUUCAGCUUCUUCUGGGGAGGAAUAAUAUGGCCUUUCCUGAGGCAGCAACGUUUGUACUUUGUGUUUGCCAACAUGCUGAGCUCUGUGUCAGCCUGGCUAGUCAUCAUCCUGCUCAUCCUGCUCAGCCUACUGCCAGAGAUCCUGCUUGUGGUAUUCCGCAAGCCCCGCGGGCCCCAUGCUCGACAGAAGAAGCCUGUUCAGUCAAGCGAGGGGGGCCUCCAGUCUCCCGGGUCUUCAGCCAGGCCCCUGCUCAUGAGAACCUUUUCAGAUGAGUCCCAUACUGUCAUUUAAACAGCUGUCAAAGGCCGGCCUCCUACAAACAUCCAGAUUGCGGCUGUCACACCACUAUCCUACAAGCACCUGAAGGAGCGCGAGUGAAAAGGCAACACGGACUCACAAGAACAGCGGCAUCAGCCUCUUUCAGGGUCCUGUGCCAGUCAUGUCAGCUGUCAUCUGAAAAAAGGGAGAAGAAGAGGAGGCAAAAAGAAAAAGAGAGAUGUGCUGACUGGGAAGGGGGAGAUAGAAAGGGGUUUAGCAGUCUUUCGACAUGUGUCUCUCUGCUCCGCCCAUCCCUGCCCAAUCGCCGCAGCUCCUAAUCCCCCACGCAUGCCUGCAUAGCAGUGCCCUGCAUUAUUUUUAAAAAUAUCUAUUUAGAUGACGGGCAUGAGUUUUCUUUUUUUUACUACUACUUUUUAAAUAAAAAUAGCUUACAAAUGAAUGCAUACACAGCCGCCUUGUCAGUAGCUCUACCCAACUGCUGUGUUUUAACAAGCAGUUCUAAUAUCCACUCCAGGAAUGGUUCGCCUGCAUGAAAGAAGGCUCAAAAGAAAGCUUCACUCCACUGAUUGUUCAGUCACUGUAGACAUGAUGAUCCCAUGCUCAACGGUUACACUUUACAAGGUUAUUCCAGAUGACAGUUAUUUUGCUUUUUUACGAUUAUUCUUUAAACAGUUAUCAUGUUUCAGGAAAUACACUCAUCCACAGGUCCAAAUGUAAUGAAAAGUUGCUGAAAGGGAUUUCAGAUCUGCUCAGAGACUGUUAGAAUAGUGUACCGGUUUAAACAUGAUUAUAUGAUUAUUUGUUUCCAUUGAUGAAUCUACAUUCUGUAUUGAAUACUAAGGUAAAAGAGGGGUUAAUGUACACCAUAUUACCACUCAAUCCAAAAAGUAUGUGUGUGUGUGUAUGUAAGAUUGAGAGAUAGAUUAGAGAUGUUAAGCAUAUUCUGGCUAUGAAACAUUGCUCAGAGCAUGACUUAAAUCGUCCAACCUCAGAGAUAAUGUAAGUCCAUUUAACAUGUGAAAAAUUAAUAUAUGUGCUGUUCUGUAUAUAGCUUCGAGAUGUAUGACAGCAUCUGCUCAAAGCCAAAAAGAUAAACGUAAAGCGAUCAGGUUCUGUCUGCACUAGUGUGACCUGAAAGUGACAAGUCAGUGUGUAUGAGUGUGUUACAUAACUGUGUGCAACUGUGCUGGAUGAGAAGAGCCAGAAAUGCUUGUGUAUCAUGAAAACCAGGAUUACUUGAACAUUGUUGGCGUAAUUCAGUUAGACAUUUCCUGCACUAUUAUGGGAACUGGUUUCUUCAUUGCGUAGAUGGUCACUAAGGAAUAUAUAUGCCUGAACACACAUGCACAUAUCAGACAAGAACAACACACAUUAUAACCACAUGUGUUGUACACAUUAAUGCGCACAUGCACUAAAACCUAUAUGAGGUAUUUACGUUCAUUACCCAUGAUCUAGUUUGCAAUAUUUGUCUCUGGCAGGUUGGAGUUGGAGUGUAAAGACAUCAACUACAGACCUGCAGAGUCAGCAUAGUUAAUGCCACUGUGAGGCUCUACGCUUCAUCUCUUUCCUUCAGUUUUUGGUCAAACUUGCUGACCGACAGAAUGAUAGAGCGCAUUGUUUGGCCUUUUGUUCUUUCCUUUAACUUCUUGUGUGUAGUGCUUCAUACAUUCCAUUUAAACGUGCCAUGAUUUCAAACACUUUAGGAAUAUUUUUGUUCUUCUCCACAAACGUGUCUAUUUGGUAUAUUUAUGAAGUGUAAUUCUACUCUUAAAAAUUUUUAUUUCAUACAUCAUCAUUUUUUUAUUGUUAAGAGUUGGUCAGACUUGUGCCAGUUGAGUUGGUCUGUGUUACUCCAUCCCUGAUGUGAGACCGAGCCAAUCCCAUUUGAUAGUCUUUGUCAUACAUGCAAAGACAGGCAGCCCCCCAAUACACUCCCAACAUCUCAGAAUCAACCUCUGAACCAAUGCCACUCCUUUUGCCUGGUUAUAUGAACUCUUGGUUUAAACUGAUAUGCACCUGUUACUAACAUGACAGAUGUAUGUAUGUUUUGUGUUACAGCCAGUUGUUGAAGAAUCUGUCAGUAUUGUGAUUUUGAAAUUUACUACUCCACUGAUCCCUGCUCAAACAAUAAAUGCAGUACUGUACUUUUUAGUACUUUGAGCCACUGACUUUAGCCUGACCUAUCUGAUACAGUGCAUCUGCAAAAUGGCACACGCAGUAUAACGCCAAAUUGAGAUUUUAGAAAAAUUCAUUUAUGGUUGAUUUGUUUUUAACAAAUAGAAAAACAAACAUGCCUUUCUGCAUAUGUUUUUCUUAUGUUAGGAAAAAGGUGGAGGCUGUUCUUUACUCUGACUUGUCAUCUCCAAACUGCAAUGUGCUGGAGAGGCCGGGUAUAAGAGGACUGAGAGGGGCUGCCUGCUUUGUUAGACAAUAAAAAACCUUUAACUGACAUCAGAGAUGCUAUUUUCAGAGCUUAAAAAUAUCUUGGAAUCUAAUGUUUUGCCUGUCUAAAUGAAAAGUAUAAAAGAAUGGAUUGUAUUUUUAAUGCAACCUUUUUCCAGCCACUUUGUAAGAAAAUCAAAUUGUCAAAAAUAAAAAAAAUAAUAAAAAAAACAAGCACGAGAGGCUCUGUGGUUGUGGAAGCUGUCCCUGUCUGUUAAGGGGUGGAGGUGGACAUCUUCAGGCACCUCAGCAGCCCUGUGUCAUGCAUCCAGGGAUCCCUCGCCACCUCCAGCCCUUUGGGUCUCCAGCCUCAACACUCCAAACCUCCAAGAUGAAUGUACCUCUUUGAAACUAGUAUAUUCCAGAUUUUCUGUAAUAAAGCAGAAUGUUUUGACGGUAAA